AUGUCAGAAGAGCGAGAAGAUACCAAGCUGAAGAUCAACAUCACCAUCAAAUAUGGAGGCGAGGAAGACAAGAUCGCCAUAAAGCGGACGACAAAAUUUGCUAAAGUAUUUGCAGUUGCAGAGAAAAAGUUCGAGAAAGAUCCUGGUACAUUGAAAUUUGUUCUGAACGGGGAUAGACUACGUCCUGAAGAGACUUUAGGAGAUCACGACAUAGAGGAGGAUGAUAUAAUUUAUGCACUUUUGGAGCAGCGAGGAGGCGUGCCCUGUCUCAUUUUUGCCUAGUGCUUCCCCUAUUAUCGCGAUAUCAUUAUAAUUUUCGGUCAUGCAUUUACUCUAAUCUACAGGCCCCAUGUCAAGUAUGUGAGCUUAUACUAAU